GCAGCGGGUGGCCAGGCCGCGGAGAAGCCCCACCAGUGUGAGUUCUGUGGCGCACGUUUCUCGCAGCGAGGAAACCUCAAGUCUCACACCCGCGUGCACACCGGAGAGCGACCCUUCAUCUGUAAGUUUUGCGGGAAGGCGUUUGCCGAUCAAAGCAACAGGAAGCUGCACGAACGUCUUCACGUGGGCGACAAGCGCUACGUCUGCGACUUCUGCGGCCGUCGGUUCAUCUCAAGUGGCGUGCUGAAGAAACACGUGCGGCAGCACACGGGGGAGAAGCCGUACACGUGUGACGUCUGCGGGAAGUCCUUCGCUCAGACCGAGUACCUCAGCAUGCACCGCAGGAUUCACAAGGGGGAUAAGCCCUGGGAGUGCGACCUCUGUGGGGUCAAGUUCAUCCGCAACUGCCACCUGCUGCGCCACAAGAAGAUCCACAAGGGAGAGAAGCCUUUUCAAUGUGACAUUUGUCAGGCCAAGUUCUCGAGACGCUGCAAUAUGAACACGCACAGGAAGUCCCACCUGAAAGGAAAGCCAGCGGAGAAGGAGGUGGUUGAGGGAGCGAGCUCAGCGUGGGAGUCACAGGGCACAGGUUCGGUGACUGGCUCAGCGUGGCUAAAAGAUCCUAUGUAUUAUCUGUGGCAGCGUGUGUCUGGCCAGGAGCCACAAGCCCAGCUCUCACAAGUGGAGAGAGCCCCAGAGGUCGUGACCUCCACCCCCAGCGCCGGCCCUCACCUGCUGGGAAAUAACACGCGCAGCGCUGUUUCACACACGGCUGUCAGCAACACACUGACUGCCCUGUCGCAGACACCACUACACAACACACAUCCCCCUGUGUCGCAGACACCACUACACAACACACAUCCCCCUGUGUCGCAGACACCACUACACAACACACAUCCCCCUGUGUCGCAGACACCACUACACAACACACAUCCCCCUGUGUCGCAGACACCCGUACACAACACACAUCCCCCUGUGUCGCAGACACCCGUACACAACACACAUCCCUCUGUGUCACACACAUCUGUCAACAACACGCAUCCCCCUGUGUUACACACACCUCUCAACAACACACAUCCCUCUGUGUCACACCCACCUGUGUCGCACACAUCUGUCAACAACACACAGCCUUCUGUGUCGCACACACCUCUGAACACACAACACACCAUCCCCCACUCACACAUCAACAACACACACAGCCCGGCGGCCAGCCCUCUCUCCCCUCUCAAUUUCUCCCACAAUUCCCCUGUGUUGAGCAGCGCCUGCGGUGCAUUAGACUACACUCGACCGUCUGGCGACCAGCAUCGCCUGAGCGGCCUUGUGGGAUACACGGGCGAGUUCGGUGCGACGUCAGACGUCUGUUUCCCGUCGCCGUGGUCGGCUCCUGAGCCCACGCACGGGUCAAACUCUGAGGUGUGUCAGGUGAGUGGGCGAGACGAUUCCUUCUCUCCGCCCGGCCACUUGUCCAGUCCCCUCAUGCCCUACACGCUGCCUGCUCCAAUGUCGACUCUACACGGUACACACUCGCUUCCAAUGACACACACGACACACCCCUUGCCAACGACACACGCCCUCCCAACAACACACGCCCUCUCAACGACACACGCCCUCCCAACGCCGCACACAACACACAUGCUCCCAACAACACAUGCGUCCAGCGCGGGCUCCCCCCACCUCCCGCACCCCCCGGGGACUACCGGCGUUGUUUUCCCCGACAGGAACCAAGCCAUGUUGUCCCUGACCCCCGCACCCCCCUACCGACUCCCCCCGGGAAGAGCAGACGCGUCGGAUGUGUGUUACCCCAGCACCACUGGCACGCGUCGUGACCCCACACACAAGUUUGUGAAUUCCCCGGACCAGUGCCGAGCCCCGGGGGUCGUGUACCCUCCGACCUCCAGCGAGCCGUGUCGGGCCCGACUCCUGCAGUCCCCGGCGGAUGGCUCUGUCACUGAGGUCAGAGGUCGGCCGGCAAGGGCAGACUCCGGGUGGCCUUCCGACACAGAGCCCGACGACGGGGUCAAAGGUGGCGGCACGCUGGGCUCAGGGUCAGGGUCAGUGGGUCAACUGUCGGGGGACAAGGGGAACGUGCGUUUUGCGGCAAGUGUGUCGGAGGGCGGCAGUGGCCUCGGUAACGAAGGUUUACCUGCCCGCUCAGGGGACACGGGCAGUGAUUGCCCCGCUGGCAAAACCGUCAGUGGGGGAGGUGGGGGGCGGGGUUGUGAGGCGUCUGCGGCUGAAAGUGAGGAGAAGCCGGCAGCCAAGGUCGUUGAUCGACCACAUCAGUGCGAGUUCUGUGGCCGCCGCUUCACGCAGAAGGGAAACCUCAAGACCCACCAGCGCAUCCACACGGGGAAAAAGCCCUACCUGUGCCUGGACUGCAACAUGCGAUUCUCCGACUACAGCAACCUCAUGCACCACCUGGUCAUACACUCGGGCGAGCGCCAGUUGGUCUGUCACUUCUGUGGCGUCAAGUUUGUGGCCAGGCGGGCGCUCAAAAACCAUGUUCGGACGCACACGGGUGAGCGGCCGUUCCCGUGCGAGACUUGUGGCAAGGCCUUCGCCCUGGCCUCCUCCCUGGCUCAGCACAUGCUCAUACACGGCACGGAGAAGCACUACACGUGCGAGGUGUGUGGCGCAAAGUUCACCCAGCGCAGCAGCGCGCUGCGCCACAAGAAGACGCACACGGGCGAGCGGCCGUUCCAGUGCGACAUCUGCCUGGCCAAGUUCUCCCGUCGCAACAAUCUCAACGUGCACAAGAAGCGAGUCCACCCGGGCCAGGCCGCGCCGCUCGUCUGUGACCUCUGUGGCCAGGUCAUGAAGAGUGACCUUCACCUCCGCGAGCAUCGAGCGGCGUGCCAGCAGAAGGACACGUACUCCAAGCUCAUGUGGGCCAAACAGACCAGCAUGCAGAUCACGCCCUCGGGGACCCUGUAUGUGCAGUUGUGAGGGGCAGCCAGACAAAUAGACAGCUGUCGUGGACAAAUAGACAGGUGAUGUGGACAAAUAGACAGGUGUUGUGGACAAAUAGACAGGUGUCGUGGACAAUUAGACAGGUGUGAGUGACAAAUAGACAGGUGUGGUGGACAAAUAGACAGGUGUCGUGGACAAAUAGACAGGUGUUGUGGACAAAUAGACAAGUGUCGUGGACAAUUAGACAGGUGUGAGAAACAAAUAGACAGGUGUGGUGGACAAAUAGACAGGUGUCGUGGACAAAUAGACAAGUGUGGUGGACAAAUAGACAGGUGUUACUGACAAAGGUCAUACAGACAAACACAUGUGAUGGACAGACAAAUUGUUGUGUCGUGGACGAAUAGACUGCUAAUGAUAGACAGACUGAUAAAUGUGGUGAAGGAGUAGACAGGUUUGCAAACAGCCUAGUGUGGGGCGGCAGAAAGUACAGGCCAGGAAUGUACAGCCGACGACAGAUUGGGCAGAAAUAUGUUCUAGCUCUCACGCUGACUCAGCAAAAUUGUUUUAGAGAGAGAAGAAACUGUUUCUGUUCUUUGAGAAAGUCUGUCUCUCUACAUGUCUGUGUCUGUCUCUCUACAUGUCU